UUUACAAAAGAAAAAAGUCCUUGAUGUUGUGUUGUCAAAAUCUUCCAAGUGGAAGCAGUGAAAGACUGGAAAUCAGAGUGUUAUCCAAGACCAUUUCCUGAAAAACAGUCGAUAAAAAUUGUUAUUCCGUUUAUCAACUGAUGAUAAGCCGUUAUCCCACGUCAUAUUUGCGAUAGCAAGUCCGAUAAUUUCCCUGUCGAAGACGCACUUGUCUGAUACCCAUAAACCUGAUUCAUCGAAUAUAACGGGAAUUUCUGUAAGCUUGUGCAAAAAAAUGUUCCAUAAAUCUGCAUCGAAAUUAGUGAUGGCUAUCGCUUUAUUAUUGCUUCACCAUUCACUGGUGGUUUGGUCGGCUCCUCCAGGAUCACCAGUUCCGUCAAAUUCAUCUGUUACGAUCAAUGCUACCAGAGCUGAAUCCCCUGAAUCGGAUCUGUUAGAUGGAACUAAACUGCCUUUUCUGGUCAGUUGCGACGCAGACAAAGUCGAAAUUGUUUUCAGUAAGCUAUGCGAGUUGUAUCGUUUCUUAGUAGAUACGGUACUGACCCAACGGAAACCGGAACCGGUGGCAAUCGAUGAGGUUAAAAAGGUUGUUGAUGAGCAGGUCGAUGCGAGCCGAUUCUGCGACAACUUGGUGCCAGUGCUGAAUGACAGGAAUGUGAAGCAUACAGACCUGAUUAGCCAAAGUCCACUGAAAACAGAAAAUGUUUGUUCUCGCUGGUGUUUGUUGAUGAACGAAGACCUGACGAAAUUAGUGGGGGUUAAACCAAUUUGCAAGGUGCUGCUCUGGGGAUUGAAGGAGGAACUAACAUCGGAGCAAGAAAUGGUCGCACAGAAUCCUACUAACAAGGUAGCUGAAAUUAUCAUACCUCCGUUGCUACCGGGAAACGUUGAAAUUGAGAAGGUGGAGGAAAAAGAUGUUCAAAACAAGCCAGCAGGUUCCGUUGCCACGCAGGCAAAGGAGGAAUCAGAAAAACCAUUAGAGCAACCAUCUGAUGCUAAGAUAAACGCAACAGAAGAUGACAAGAAAACCAAUUCGGAUAAAGCUGCAGAGGCUGCACCCUCCAAUGAUGUUAUCGAAAUCGCCAAGUCGGCGAGCAAUAAAGAUAUCACGGAUAACACUGAAACGAAGCAAAGUGAGGAUACUUUACAAAGUGAUCUCAAUGAGACCCAAAACCUAAACAACAUACGCGAAAUGAACAGCGAGGGCAAUAUCAAUAACGAAUUGGAUACAAACGACGAAUUCAGCGACGAAGAUCAGUUCGAGCCGGAAUCAGUUCUUCCCAAGGAAAGUCCCGUUAAGGACGAAGUCCAGCUGGAGCAAGAUUUGCCAAACGGAGCAGAUUCGGAUGGCUUCAGCGUGGAACAGCCGGCCGCCGCUGCGGUGCAAAUCGAGCGAGUCGAUCCAUUCUUCGAUCAGGAAGAUUCGAACUUUUUCACUUACUUUAUGUUCAUGAUGUUCGCGUGCAUCAUGUGCUACGUGGCGUAUCACAACAAGUCCAAAUUGUUGGCUCUGCUGGUGGAGGGUAGGCGAACCAGCUCUGGCCGGGGAGGCUUCAGCAAAGGCGGCCGAAAGCACACGGCAGCGUACCGGAAGCUGGAUUCCAACUUGGAGGAAGCCAUAACGUCCAACGCAUCGGCGAGUAGCCGAUCUACGAGUCAGAUUAUCUACUAGGAGUGAGUAAAUGCAGAAAACAAAGCAAAGGGAGAUUUUCUAUGUUCAUUUUUUUUCAUACGUACAUUAACCGUUGAGAUAAAAAGAAGUCUAGUAUUUAGAAAACAAUUUCAUUCAUACGAUCUCCUCAUGAUUAAAAAAGGUUUGAUUUAAAAUCAGUCACUUGAAAUUCGUAAUUUAUUUCUACAUACAUGUAUAAUCAAAUGUUUGUUUAACUGAAAUCAUUUGAAGGGCUAUCUUAAAAAUGUCUUUAUGGUUUAGCUGAUUAUGUUUCGUCAAAACAUUGCAAUAUAUUCGGAAAUGAUGCUCAUUCUCGUUGAUACCAGCCAAGUCAAAUAAAAAUACGAUUCUAACGAAUUGGUUUCUUUCGAAUGUUUCCGUCAUCAAUAAUCUUAAAAAGAGGUGAUUCGUGCAGGUCACGGAGUCUCAUUGCAAUUUCACACUAAAUCUUAUCUAGCAUUUCUUGUGCAUCAAUACGGCUAGACGUGCAUCUGUGAUGCCAUUAUUCGUGUUUUUGAGUAAGCGAAGAAGUUGUUGUCCUUGAAAUAUCGCUGGUUAAAACAAUCAAGCUAUUGAGAGGCUGAUUGAAACCCUCUCAAUGCUUUAUUCCUGUUAAAUUUGUCUAAAACAUAUUUAGAAUUAAGGAUUAAACAAAUGACAAAAUUGAGGAAAUCCAAAAAUAUAUCAAUCAGUUCCAGACCAACUUUUGAAAAGGGCACAACAACCAAAAUUUAUUCCUUCUCUAUUAUUUAUCCACAUAAUAGCUAUAUAUGUAGACGAAGAAUCAGAAGGAAUAAAUAAUGGCUGUUACGCCUUUAUCAAAUGUUGGUCUUUUCAACAAUUCGAUGUUUGUCAAUGUAAUCCAAUUUUUAUAAUUAUGAAGAGAUCUUCUGAAAACCUCUUUCACGUGCAAUCAUGACCAGCUUUUGCUAUCGUUCAUCUAUCUUUUACAUUCAUUCAACAUUUAUUUGUGGUUUAUUUAAUGUGCCCUUUCAUAAAAAAUACACACCGCCCUUUCAACGCCUUGGUAUUCGAAUAAUGGAAAAGCUAUCAGAAGCAAUUAGAGAAAAAUAUCAUUUUAAAGAACAAGCACGAACAAGCGUUAUGAUUCAUAGAUAUGGAAGGAAGUAAAAAAUAAAGCGUUGCAUCACACAGAAAGUAAGCAUUGUGUUCCGUCUCGGAAGCUCGGCAGCUGCUUGACCCUCGCGUAAGCCGCUAUUUCUGCUGAUGCAAACGAAGAUGAAUAACUUGAUAAUAAUACAUAGUUUAAGAACCUAAAAUCACGCUUAGACAUAAGUCGUGUUCCAAGUAGUGCGAAAUUGAUCAUGUACAUAAAAACUAAAAAAAAGAAAUACAUAUUAAAGCGAUGCUUUGCAUGCCCACUUCAUAUUUUGUAUUCAUAGAAACCUACAAAGUAGAGUGCUAAAAAGAAACGCGGUUGUAGACUUCGAUAUCGUUUCCCUUUGGUUGAACAUGCAAAACGUUUUGUUUAUCGAAAAAAAUGUUAAUUUAUAGAUUUGCAAAAAAUAGUGUGUAAAAAGUUUUGCAUAAUAAAAACUACUUAAAAUCACA